UAUUGCAUCAGACCUGUGGCAGGCAAGGCGAUGUUUUGGACCCUUAAUCGUUCUAACUUGACGCUCAUGUUGAAACACAGGACGGAUUCAAGGAAGCAUGCAGUAAGGUUUAUGAGGCAGUAAUCACAUUCCUGCUGGGGGAAUGGGGAUUGACACUAACACAACCGCUCUAGUCCUGAUAUGUUUGGCAGGGAGUGUUAUCGUCAUCCUGCUCCUUGUAGUCAUGUGUUUCCAACUAGGACUAGUUGACAGAAUAAAGAAGUCACAUCGGACACGUUCCAGGAGGUCAAAACGAGAGACAUCUGAAGGGGGCGUCACACAGAGCACAUCUUUAUCAUUGGAAGAUCCUUUGAAGACGUCGAACGAACCCGGUCUGAAGCCGUCAAAUGAACCGGUUGAUACUUUGGUUCAAGAUGAAUUUGAUUCAUCUCCAGAAGGAACGGAAUGCAACAUUUAUGAGGAAUGUCUUGAAGACGCAUCUACUGCAACUGAAACUGGCAGAGACCUCAACACAUCCAUCUACCUGUACAUGAACAAAUCUACAAGAGACGUCUCAACAAGAAGCUCUAAUUGUGUCCCCCCGGGUACAUCAUACCUGGUUGAUGACCACUCAGGAAGUAGUCACAGGGGAUGGACUGAUCGGCACAGGUCGGUACCCGUAGCCCGUUGUCCUCCGUUAUGGACAAAUCCUGAAGUAGAAAUAAUGACAAAUGAAAUUCAGAGACCAGAACAAGAGAGAAUCAAACCACGCUUAACACAUUCAGUUUGUGAACCACUACGAAGCCCUCUUUCCCUUCCACCUAGGCCAUCGAUUGACAUUUCAGACCAUGAUGAAUCCUUUGGAUCAGCUGAAGAUCUGUUCAAAGGGGGAUGGUGGAAGUCAACAGAAUCCUUAAACAAAGGAGACAGCAUCGAUGAUGAUGUCUUCAAAGACGACGAUUUAACCUCCGCAGUUUCACAGAGCGAAGACAAGAUGGCAUGGCGGAAAUCAAAGCAAUCACUGAAGGAAGAUAGUCUCAAGGCUAACUCACCCUUUAAUGGGGAUUGGCGUCUAUCCAAACAAUCUUUUAAGGGAGAUCUUCUGAAGGCAGACGGCACAUGCAAUAGGGAUUGGUUGUCAUCUAAUCACUCAUUAAAGGUCGAUGGCUUCAAGACUGAUAACAUCUUCACGGGGAGAUGGUGGGAAUCAAAGGAAUCAUUGAAGAUAAUUGAAUUUGAGAAUGAGGACAUCAAAUUUAGAGAUCCCAUAAGAAGAAAAUCUUUCUCUGGUCCAAGUUGCUCUUCCAGGAGUGUCUAUGUAUACAUGAAGACAGGCACAUCGCCUGAUUCUGGUCGAUCUCCUCCAGAAGACAAACGAAGAAGAAGCAAAAGCUUAACCCUCCCGGAUGUCUUUAAGGAAAGUACCGGGUAUCAAGCAGAUCUGACUCCCCCUUCCCUGUCUGUGUGGUACCCACCAGACUUUACAGAAAGCCUUCAGUCUCCCCCGCCGCCUCACUCACCACCCAAACCGUGUACAUCCCCAAACUAUGUCAACUUUCGUGGAACUCUGCCAAACCGAUUCUGACUGGUUAAACCACGACAUAUAAUGUACACAGCAGUGUGUAAUUGAAACUGUAGAUGUGUGACUUUCAACCAUAUACUGCAGUACUUUUGCCGAUGUGAAAUGGUACCUUCAAGCGAUUCUGAAUCGCACUGACAUUGGUCUUUUCUGAUAUUGGGGCGGUGGGGUAGCCUAGUGGUUAAAGCUCUCGCUCGUAACGUCAAAUACCCGGGUCGAUUCCCCACAUGGGUACAAUGUGUGACAUUGCUGGAAUAUUGCUAAAAGCGGCGUAAAACUAAACUAACUCACUCACCUCUUUUCAGGUAUUCCCCCAAUGUUAAAGGAUGCGACGAAAUCGUGUUGGAUGACCAAUAUACGCAUCUGACUAAGCUGUGACAAUUAUGUGUAUUCAACCUUCGUGCAAGACGAGGAUCAUGUGGUUUCAAAUGUGACCAAAACUCCCAUGAACCUUCACUAAGCGCCACUCACCCAGCUUCCGUUGAACGCUAAACUUUCAGUUACGAUAGUGGUCUGAUCUUGGGUUUUGAAUCACGCACGCACGCACGCACACACAAAUCAUCUCUGGGCCCUAACACCACCCCCCCCCCCUUAUCUUUCUCUCCCUCUCUCACACACACACUACAUUAAGGUAAGACGUGUUAUAACUGUAAUGCCCUUAAAAACCUGGUUAAAUUCAACUUGUUCAUUCACUAAAUUACGACAACACGAAUAUCUCCCUUUUAUCAGAGUCCAUCCUCAACGAUGUCCUAGCCUAAACCACUAACUCUCCCAUCUAUCACCAUCACUAUACUAUUUUCUUUGUCACAUUGAUUCUCUUCCCUUUGCCCUCAACUUCACCUCAGUCCAUUCAAUGCUAUCACAGACCUGUGAAGGUCCGGGUUAGAAUGAACCUUCAGUAACCCAUGCUUGUCGUAAGAGGCGACUAA